UAUUCGUAUCUCAUAUAUUUUCAAAUAUAUUUGAAUUGUAUAUUGUAUGGCAAUUACCUUUUUUGCAACCAAAAUAUCCGAUUUGUGUCUCGGAAAGCCACCAUUGAGGUCGUUGCCGGCCACCGCUACUAUCGCGGACGCGGUGUUUGCGUUAAAAAAGUCUGGUGAUAUCUACGUAAGCAUAUGGAGUUGUGAUCGAUCGGCCCAUGAUGAUGAUGAUAAGGAUUACGAGGUCGUAACGAAAUGUUGUUGUUGUCGAUGCGUGGGGAAGAUAUGUAUGGUUGAUGUGAUUGUGUUUCUGUGUAAUGACUACAAGAAUUUGUUGAAUCCAUCGGACGCUCUUCAAUCCAAUGUUUUGGAUCUCCUACUUGCGAAUAAUGUGAAAGCUGCCCAAAUUCGACAUUUGGAACCCAACUCAAGUUUAUUGGAGGCAAUAGAUUGCAUACUUGAAGGUGCUCAAAACUUGGUCAUACCAAUAUACACCAAUUCAACAACUUGUAUAAGGAAAAACCAACUUAACAAGCCUUCUGAUACUCUUCAUGAUAGCAACCAAGAAUUCUGUUGGCUAACUCAAGAAGACGUGGUUCGCUUCUUCUUGAACUCCAUAGGCGUCUUCUCCCCGAUACCAACAUUCACCAUUGACGUGCUAGACAUAAUCGAUAAGUCCAUACUCACGGUUCACUACGACGACCCAGCCAUUUCAAUGUUACCUUUGAUAAAAUGCUCACUUAUGGAACAAACCUCUAUAGGUGUCAUUAACAAAGAUAAUCAUCUGAUAGGUGAAAUAUCACCUUGUACUCUUGCUUGUUGUGACGAAACUGCAGCAGCUGCCAUUGCGACCCUCUCGGCUGGGGAUCUCAUGGCCUAUAUUGACUACACUGGCCCGUUAGACGAUUUGGUCAACUUGGUCAAGAUUAGGCUGCAAGAGAGAAACUUGAAUGCAAUGUUGGAUCUUAUGGAUGACUACUACAACCCAUUAUCAUCAUCAUCCUUAUGUUGCUCGUCAGAUGAAGAAUUUGGGUCAAGUAAAAAUGGUUGUGUGGGCCGGUUUUAUCCAGGGAGGCGGUCCGAGGCCAUUAUUUGCCAUCCGUGGAACUCGUUGAUGGCAGUUAUGGUUCAAAUGAUUGCGCUUCGUGUUAGUUAUGCUUGGGUAGUUCAACAAGAUUAUACAUUGGUUGGAAUUGUGACUUUUGUAGAGAUUUUGAAGCAAUUUCGGCGUAUGGCUGGUACUCGAAUCAAUAAAUUGAUUUUGUAACAUUGAUGGAUUUGAGUAAUGUGUAAGAUUAUGCAUUGUUAUUGUAUUAUCCAAUUUUGUUAGUCCUGUGACAUUUGUAA